AUGGAGUCUCCAACGCGUCUCCUCCCGAGUCCCUCGAAAGCGUUGAAUCCGGUGUCGCCGGAACGGAUGAAUCAACAAACCAUACCCGCAUCACCCUCACUACCUGCCGACCUCCUUACACUACACCAUAAAAACUACCGAGGCGUCUCAGAAGUUCAAGCCAAAGUCGCAUUUCUCAACGGCCUGUCUCGAGGAGGCAGCCCCGCCAAUGGGUCGGGCAACAAUGCAGCUGUACUGAGGGCUAACCUCGGUCGUGAAGAGGCCGAGUCUGCUCUGGCUACGGCACAAGAAGAUUUGGCUGAAGCACAAGACCGUGAACGUCGGAUCAGCGAGCGACUCGAAUCAUUGCUGGAAGAAUUACAUGGGACGAAAGAACGGCAAGGCCACGAACGAUCAAUUUUCGAAAAAGAAAUUCGAAAGGCGCGCAAAGAGGCUUUCCGCGCUGCUUCGACUUUGGUGAAACUUCAGGAAGAAUUGAAACACGCAAAGUCAGAAGCCAAGGCACUGAAAGAUGAAGUGGCCGCAGAACGCGAGUCAAAGAACAAGGCCAAACAAGAGGCGUUUGAACGCGCCUAUGCUCUUGCUGGCCUCACAGAAGAACUCGAAGUCUUGAAAGAGAAAUUCCGCGCCCUGGAAACAGAAAACCACUCCAGCACCCUCGAAGUCCGCGCUCAUGAAAUUCGGAGAGAGGACUUCGGCAGACUCUCAUUGGCAGAGGGUGACCUCGCCUUUUUGAACACCCCGCGGAGGCCAAAACGAGCUGCCGCUGGAUCCAUCCGAUCACCUGCACCGGAACGCGAGGAAGAUAUCGCGGAAGCGACCCCCCCAAGCGCCCACGACUGUCGGAGUCCUCCUACACCCGAAGUCGCACCUGUUAAGGUGGAUGAGGGCUUGCUGGAUGAGAUGAAGGAAGAGCUUGUUUUCGAGCGUCGACGCAGAGUUGCUGCUGAAGAAAUGGUGCAUUUCUUGAACAUCGAAUGUCAAUUCGAACGUUGUUCUUGCCGAAUUGCCGAGAGCCAGGGUCGUCGCUACAUCUACGACGCUGACUACUAUAAUACCUUCCAAAAGCCUCAAAUCGAGGCAGAGGAGAAAGAGCGUGCUCACCAGGCAAGCAUCCAGCAAGCUAUUGAGAAAGAUCCCAGCCCUCAACCAGCUAGCACAUCGGAGGCCAGCCCACUGCCACCUACACCCCCUGCUCACCGGUCUCCCAUCCACAAGUCUCCCGUUCAUCGAUCCCCUGUUCAACAGACCACCACUCCUCGAGUCGCCACUCCUCAACGCAGCCACCAUGAGGAACCAGAGGCGAGUCGAACUCCCUCGGCUGCACCACCCGUUCCUGUACACGAGAACCUUCCGCGUGCCGUAAAGGCCGAACUUAUAGAUGCACCAAAGAUCGAGAUGCCAGUCGAGCCCCUGGUGACAUUCUCCCCGGAGACUGGAACAUUCAUGACUUUCCCCUCACCCCUUCGCGAUAACGUCAGACCUUUACGAUUGGUUCAAUUUGACACACCCAACCUCCCUGAGCCUCAGCCAGACUUCCUCGUAAGUCAUAGGGAUGCUUCUGCAUCACCAGACCAGCAUGUUCAGUCGUUCACUCCAUCUGGCGACCCAGUGCUAGUUCAAGAGCCGGUUGAAGAGCCAGUUGAAGAGCCAGUUCAGGAACGGAUUGUGGCCCAUGCUCCAGCCCCAACUGUUAGAUCUCGUCCGAAUCCAACAGAUGGUGCCAGCGAUCAAUCUGCCAGGGCACGAUUGUCUCAGGAAGCCCGGCCACCUAGCCGCGUCGGAAGAGAUGCCCAUGGAUAUCGCCAGCCUCUACACGCCCCAAAGAGAGACCCACAGGGAUACCAGCCCAUCAAAAGCACAAAGAGGGUCCCUCUCCGAAAUGAUGCCCAGUCCCAACGCACAUCGCACCCCGGCGUGCCGGACACGCCCAUCGACCGCGAACAAGCCCUUGCACAGAUCAGAGCUCGGCGAGGUCGCGCCCACAGCAAGCAGCGCUCAGCUAGUGCGAACGAAGCCGGCCGCGCAGCGCAUGCCUCCGCUGGAUUAAGUGCGACCACGGCACGGGGCCCUCGCCGCGUUCCAAACCCCAACCUCCGACCCGAUUCCAGAAGCGAGAAUGAUCUCGGCGAACGCCGUGAUUUGAGUGCUCCCGUUCGCAUGUUCCGUCGGUAG